AUGACAGAAGCUAAGAAACAAAUUGAUUUAAUAACUGAAAAAUUAGAUCAAAAUUCAUCACAAAUCAAACGGUUUAUUAACUUUGUUAAUAGUCAUAAAAAACCGACAAGUGAACAACAAGAGAAUUUCAAUACAAAAGCAGUACAGUUCUUGGAGGAAUUAAAUAAAUAUGCUGAUACAAUAAAACAAAUUAAACAGGACAAAAAUCCAGAAAAUCAACUACCGAAAUUGGAAUCAAUGAAGAAUCAACUUUUGGCAAGAAUAUCUACUUUAACAGAUAAAUUGAACAAAUUAGACAAAAAAUUAGGGACAAUUAAUGUUAGUUUAUUGUCAGGAAAUGAAAAUAUUUCAAAUCAGGAAACGAAAUCUCAGGAUCCAGAGUCCAAAAUGUCAACUACCAUUAAUAAAAUAAGUACAAAAUUGAAUGUACAAGACGAAGAAGAAGAGGAGGAGGAAGGAGAAAAAGAGGAACAAGUUAAUAAAAAGAAUAAACAUAGAAAAACAAAGAAUGAUUCAAAGUCAAUCAAACUUAAAAUCUCCAAAGAGAGAAAUGUGAAAGAAUCUAAAGAUAAAACUACUGCUCCUCCUACUACAGUUAUUGCACAAAUACAUGCUACUGAUAAUCAUGAUGAAAUACACAAUAAUGAUGAUAAUGAUGAUAAGCAUAACUUGGAUCCAGAUAAAAUAUUGAAAAAGGUAAAAUCUUCAAAACGAUUAAAGACAUCCAGUAAAAAAUUGAAAACAUCUGAAGAUGAAAAUGAAAUAUCUACAAAGAAAAAAAAGAAAUCAGGAAAAAAGUUGAAAGAUAAGAGUAAAAAUAAAACUAAUAAAUUAAAUGAUGAUGGUGAUGAUCAUGAUGUUGAUGAUGAUGGUAACGAUGACGGCGAUGAUGACGAUAACUUACCUUCAAAUAUAAAAACAACCUUAAAAUUACAAGAUAAUCCAAAACUUACUGAACUACCUGAAAUAGAAACAGACGACAUAAAAGAAAUAGAACUAGAAAAUGAAGCAACAGAAAUAGAAGAUAACAUCAAUCAAUUUCAACCACUUCAAACAGAGAAAAGAAAUAUGAAAAAAGAAAGAAAAGAAGAGAAAAAUGAAAUAAUAAAACCAAUCUCUUCACAAAAUGUUUUACAAGUUCAUAAUAAGAUUUUAAAAAAUUCACCAGUAGAUAUCAUUUCAAAACCGGUAGAAUCAACAAAAUGUGAAAAUAUUGAUUUGUUUUAUCAAACAAUACGUCAAUGGAUUGGUGAUGAUGAAGAUGAUUUAUCAUUUAUAUCUGGUGAAACUUUGAAAAUUUUAGAAAAAGAUGAUGAUGGUUGGUGGCUUGGUGAAAAUAUUCAAGGUAAACAAGGUUUAGUUCCAAUGAAUUUUUUGAAGAAAAUAGUAAUGGUUGAAUCGGAAUGGGAAAAUUUAAAACUGGAUUAUAUAAAACAAAAAAAUAUUGUGAAUAAUGACAAUGUUCAAGCAGAAGAUAGUCCACAAACAUACAGUGAAGAUGGUGAUGAUGAUGAAGAUGCUGACGAGUUGUUGGAGGAAGAGAAAAAACAGGCGAAUGCGGUUAGUUUACAAGAAGUAAAUAAGGAAAACACUGAAGUUAAAUCUAAUGAAAUUAAGAAAACAAAUACUGUUGUGAAUCAGAUCCCUGAUUAUACUGAAGAUAGUGUGGAGUAUAGUGAACAAACAUGGGAAAAUGAUGAGAAAGAAGGUGAAGGCGAUGAAACGAGUGAAAACUUUGAUAUUGAGGAAGAAGAAAGUGAAGAUGAAGACAAUAACGUUGAAGAAAAUAAUGUUGAGAUUAUUGAAGAGGGAAAAGUUGGUAUAACGCAGAGUAGUAAAUUGAUGCAUUCUAGUAAAAGUCUAACGUCGACCCCUUUUGUAGAUACAGAUAAACGGUCGUUCAAAGACGAUCAAGAUUUUGCAGGAUGGUAUAUAAAAAAUAAUGAAAAAGCUCUCGAAGCUUAUCAACCUCUACCAAGCAGUGUUCGUUUAAGCUUUCUUUCAUUACCAGAUUUAUCUAUAUUGAAUUGUUUAGUACGUUUAUGUUUAUUUGAUGGUAUAAUGCCUAUCAGUAAUAUUUGUUAUCUACCUAUAACACCGACAGAUCGUGAAAAGAAAACAUGGAUAGUUACUCCACAUAAUAUAAAAAAAUCUGAAAAAUUUUAUGAAUUAUCUUCAGAUUUAUUUAUACGUUAUAAUGAUCAAAAUAUGAAUAUUUGUAUAUUGAUAGAAAUUCAAAUUAUUAUUAGUAAACAGAAUUCUAACCAACCAAUUGAACUAAGUCUUGGUUGGGUCACUAUCCCAUUAUAUGAUGAAAACGGUCAAAUCAUAACAAAUAAAACUUGUGACUACCAAUUGCAGGAUAGUUUACCUUUUGAAAAUGGAAAGGGGAAUAAGACAUCAGUUAAAGAUGUGAGUUUAAAGAGUCGUAUGCAAAAUUUACUUUUUGAUAAACAACUCAACUCUUUACCUGACAUUCUAAUUGGUCUUGUUGGUUAUGCACCAUUUCUCAGUUAUCAUCGUGAUUUCUUAGCUAAUAUAUUCCCUGGUUUUGGAAGAACCGAUGAUAAAGAUCAAUUAAUUUUACGUUAUGUUCAACCAGAAGUUGCAUUAUUUCCUAUUGUUGCAGAUUGUCCACUACUUAUUGAAUGUCUACGUGUUUCGUGGCAAGAUCGUCUGAAAGAAAUUCCAGGCAAUAGUAAGAAAGAUUCUGAAUAUUUGAAGAAAUUAUAUUCAGAUCAUUUUAGAAGAGUAAUUUAUCCUCUUCUAUGGUUACAGGAUAUUGAAUUCCCCUGUAUUAUGAGUUCACAACAGUUUGAGAAUGAAUCUUCGAAAGUACUCAAUCUUAUUGAACAAAUUCGGCAUAAUUUUAUGAAAUUCAUUACAUCAAAUCAGUAUACAUUCAAAUUAUUUACAUCGAAAGAAUUCAAUUGUCCUAUACAAUUUACAAAUUAA